GCGUAAGAUCAAGAUCAGACGGAUCUCUGAUCUUACCGGCUCAUCAAGUCAUCAUGGCUAUUGAUAUCCAGUGGUAGAUGGAAGGAUUCAUGAACGAGUUUGGUCAGUGAGGAUAAAUAGCGAUCAAAUUCUCGACAUAACAUCAUUUAUGCUUUGAGCUUUCACCAGUGCACAUCCACUACAACUUAACACUGAACACUAUCAUUAUAUUGAUCAUCAUUGCUUCAGCUUACCGGUUAUAAGAGUAUAUCAUUAUAACUAUAUACCUUGGCAUCGUCUCGGACUUGAAUUAAGUGGAAUAAUAUAUUGGCAGCAUGGCUUCUCUGACUUCAAAGUACUUACAGCUCCCUGAUGCUAGCUCGUGUGAUAUUGGCAAACCAAGUCCACUGGCCAUGUUAGCUGCAACCUGUCGAAAGAUUGGCACAUCACCAGGCGUGUCUUCUCGUCGAGUGCCGAGGAUACCUUCACCACAACCCCAGCUCACUCCCUUGUCGACGACCUCGCCUGUUUCUACACCAUCGUCCUGUUCGUAUCUUCCACCUACUCCACCACCGUCACCACACAUGACAUCGUCAUCUCGAGCAUUGUCGGUAUCACCUGAGCCUACCGAGUUGUCACCGCUACCUCUCCGAUCAGUUAGCCCGAUCAUUCCUGGUCAUCAGCCAUGCUACUAUCCUGUAUAUCAACCUGUUAUGCGGUACUCUCCUUACUCUACUACACCUGUAUCAAGACCAAGAGUACCACCCUCAUCCAUGAGCUACCAUCUAGCUACCACUCCAUACUCAUCGUGUACUCCUAUGGUUGUACCAGUACCAACAUUCAACCACACACUUCAUUCAUCAUCGUCACCACCCAUGUUCGGGGUCUACCCUCAUCAUGAUCAACCCAUCCAUGCUACGAUGUCGUCAAUGAAGGUCCACCCUACGAGGAAUCGACGAUCACGCCGAGUGGUAGUCAAGGAUGAGGAAGAGGAGAUCAUCGACGUCGUAUCGCUCUGAAGAAUAUAGACUUUGUUUUGAUAUGGUACACGUGAAUGAUACAUUUG